AUGGGGAAGUGUCAGUCCAAGCACCGUGAGACGCGGGCGCGGCGGGCGGCGGGCGGGCGCGGCCACUCACUGUCCCCUCCCUCCCCCCCGCGCCCCGGCCGCACCGCGGCCGCUGCAGCCCCCCAGCGGAGAGAGAGCCCCGAAGGGGACAGCUUCGUGGUGUCCGUGUUCGCGAGUGGCCGCAAAGGCACGGAGGACGCAGAGCGCAACACUGGCAGCAAGCAGGGGCUGCCCGGCGGGGACCCGAAGGAGGGGCCUUUCUGCGAGGACCGGUGUCCCCUCGAGGUGGUGCUCCCCCCGGAGAAGGCCGAGGGCCGUGAGGGCACAGGACCGAUCUCCAGUGUGGUCAAUGCAGAGAGAGCAGCAAGCCGGGAGGGCCCACGAGGGCCAGGCAAGAAGCACCUCAACAUUGAUGGGCUGCAGUGUGACGUCUCUGUGGAGGGGGACAGCCACCAGGAGUGGACGUUCACGCUCUACGGCUUCGACCACAGCGGCAAGGCCACCAGGGAGGACAUGUCCAGCCUGGUGCACACCAUCUACGAGGCCAUCGAUGCCUCCGUGAGCCACUCGUCUGGCAGCAGCAGGACCCUCCGUGUGAAGCUGACCGUCAGCCCUGAGUCUCUCAGCGAGAGGAAGGAGAGUCCCCCCACAGGCCAGGACCGGGAGCCCACUCGCUGCAGGAUGGAGGCCGAGCUCACCGGGGACCCCGGGGGGGCCGACAAGAGGCCGUCCGCACACGCCAGGAGGCCCGGCGCCGACCCCCACCCCUGCUGCGAGCGCGGCCCAUACUGCGUGGACGAGAACACCGAGCGGAGAAAUCACUACCUGGACCUGGCUGGGAUCGAGAACUACACAUCUAGGUUUGGACCCGGGGCGCCGCCGUCACAGGCCAAGCAGGAGCACCUGGGCAAGGCCACACACCCCCCGAGCAGGUCCCGCUCCCAGGAGGCAGACACGCGCACUGCACUCCAGCGCCGGUCCCAGGUGCUGGCCGACCACCCGCUGCUGGCCACAGAGCCCGCCGUCAGGGCCCUGGGCGUGCAGCCCCGGUCGAGGGGGCAGGAGAAGCAGCUUCUCAAGCCCCCCAGGGGCUCAGGGCGGCCACCUGGGGCGCCGGGCACAGGCAAGCCCGGGAGAGCCUUCGGCUGCCCCCCGCCGGCUGCCCCGCCCCAGGCCCCCCAGGACGGCCGCCGCCUCCCGCAGCCCCCACCACAGCCCUACGGCCACAGGCGGUCCUGGCGGAAGAGCAGGGAAGUCCACUCACCGCCCAACGCGGCGCUCGGCCAGUCCGCGGCGCUGGAGCACGGGGUGGUGCGGGACCUGCCGCCCAUGCUGGUGGGGGAGGGCUGUGCGGUGCCCGUGGUCCACCACCACGAGCACCACCACCACCACGAGCACCACCACCACCACCACGCAUCCUAGCGCGUGGCACGCACCCGCCGGGCAGGGCCUCCACGGAGGCGCCCGACGGCCGCUGCUGGGAGGGCUGCCGUCUGCCCCUGCUGCCCUCCGCAAGGACAC